AUGACAUCAGUCAUGGAAAAUGAAGAUUCAACCCCUACAUCUCAUCAAAAACCCUCAGGCUCUUCGCACAAUAGCUCUGGAGUUUCUCCUGGUGAUGGAAUCUGUCCAACAACAUCGCAGUUCAAUCUGUGCUAUCGAUCCAAGCUUGCUCAGUGGAAACAUGCGGCUACUGCGCAUAUCCCGGGCUCUGACUCGUUGGAUUUCUACAUACAAUCCUUCUUAAACCUGCUCAAGGACAUUCCUCCAUUUUUUCAUUCUCCUCCAGAAGAGGUGGCGAGAUUUGUGGGAGACUGUCUUAUUGAAUCAGAGAUAUGCAUCGACUCGACGGAGGAUCCCUCCUGCGAUCGACCUCGCAUGUCACUCAAGUAUCGUCACUUCGUCGCAAAGCCACGGCCUGUCACAUGCCGUACUGCUACGGAGGUGCCAACAGAAGUAUCAAUUCCCGCCUCUGCCAGCCCUCUUCGUGCCGGGUAUUUCACCAGCAUCGCCCUAGCGUGGUGUUAUAUCCUUUCUGCCCGCUGGGUGGAGAUUCUACAGCAAGCUGGAUUGGAGUGCCACAUGUUCCAUGCAAAAGGCUUGCAGCUUGAAAACUCUUUCUGGGACAUUGUUCUGCAGGGUCAUUGGGAAGCUCGAUGCAGGGACCCCGAAGACGAGGAAGAACAGCUCUACUCUCCUUGGAUGCUGAGGUUGUCUGACAUCACUUACCCCCAAGAUGAAUGGGAAUCGGCCGCUUCAGAUUCAGCCCUUGCUUUUGGCGCCCUUGUCAGAUUUUGCACAUUUGAAGGCCUCGAAGGAGAGUUACUCAUUGGUCUUGCUGCGAUCCUGAAUCUAGAACCAUGGACGAUAUCUCGACCCAAAUUCCCUCCUCCUGUGAUGAUCCCAGCCAUGUCUUUGAGCCCUGGCCCAGUUUGCAAGAACACCAUUUACGACAAGCUGUUCCGAUCAAUCGAUCAAUGCAUGUUUCUCAGCACAACAGGAGAGGCUAUCGACUCACUGAGUUGCAGUGUGUUCUUUGACCCUAGCGUGCCCUGCAAUCUCGUAGGGGCCGGUAUUUUAGGCAUAAUUGAAGCUCUUUCGCCAACCGAGACGAUGAGCAAGCGGCAGCUGCACACAGAGCACAAGCCAUGUGACGACUUGCGCCCUUUUAUUGACAAGAUUGACAAACAGCAGCUCCUCAACGCGAUCAUGUAUGUGAAACCAUAUCUGGGUCUUUUUUGGACAGCAGCAAUCUACACCAACCAGGUGAUGCCCCUGCUGAGGUGGUCGCUUAGCGGGAUACCAAUUCUUUGUCUGCCUGCCGCGUACUGGACAAAUACACACCAAUCGUUCCUUCAGAUGAACUACCGUUCAGCCUCCUCCAAGGAGCUUUUAUGCACUCGGGUGGAUGAAUUUCAGACCUCGCACUUCUGUCUGUCCAAUACUACUUCACUGCCAUGGCCAUGGUCCCCAGCACCGCCAUUUGGCUCAACUCCAGUCACAAAUCUAAGCCUCGAAGCGAGGGAGCAUCUGUCACACAUGCAUAGACCUCGCUCUUGGCAGAUAUACUGGAUACUAGAGUCUGAGCAAAAAAUCCCUGCGAGCAGCAAGCAUGACUUCGAAAGUUCGGAGGUUCAUAUUAUGAACUACUUUGAUUGUGCAGGAAAUUCUGACGAAAGUUUGGCUGAAGGACAAUCGGGCAAUGGAACACGAAGACUCUUCUGUUGGCAGAGGCAUCAUGAGGGUGCCAUAUGGCUUGAUGAUGGGUCGGGUGACGUUGAUGCCAUCCGUCGUAUGCAGAUACAUCCUUGGAUCAAAGACCCCUGGAACAACAACGACUUCCCGGUUUCUGAGCCCGAGCACAAGGAGCUUGAUUUGGAAAGAAUCUUGAAAUGGAGAGAUGUGAUUGAGCACGAUGGCUGCCAGAAGCUUGGUUCAUGA